UGUUAUGGAGCAAGCAUGAAGCCUAACCACUUCCCCGGACUGUCUCUGACCGAGUGCGGGCUUGUAUUCCCGGGCCAGCCCUACUCCGCCUGCGUGCUCAAAGCGGGCUACAGCGUGGCCCAACCGGACGGGACUUUCAAAGCGGACGGGACGAUCACACUGCUCACGGGGCCCCGAAACAUCCUGGUGGACACCGGCGGACCGUGGGACCGAGACUUCCUGCUGGGGAGCCUGGAGGAGCGGGGGCUGAGCGCGGGAGACAUCAACGUGGUGGUGGGGACGCACGGACACUCGGACCACGUGGGGAACCUGGGCCUGUUCCCCGGGGCGCUGCUGGUCGUGGGGUUCGACGUGUGCAGGGGGGACACGUACGUGGAUAGUGGAUUAGCGCGCGGGGAGGCAUACUGCGUGGACGAGCAUAUCAGCAUCAUACCCACCCCGGGCCACAGCGGGCAGGAUGUGAGUGUCAAGGUGAGGGGGACCGCCAGUGGGGAACUGCUGGUGGCCGGGGACCUUUUUGAGAACUACCAGGACGAGUCAAGCUGGAGAGAACUGAGCCUGAACCCUGCACUACAGCAGCAGCACAGACAGAGGGCAUUACAGACCGCUGACAUCAUCAUCCCAGGACACGGUCUACCCUUCAGAGUAACCCGAGGGGCUCAGGAACCACAGGAGGCGUCGUGAGCCAUGAGAAAGGAGUGUGGGUGGCAUGGUGGCAUAGUGGUUGGUACUCAUGCUUCACAGCAAGAAGGGCACAGGUUCAAUUCUUAGACCAGAUGCCAUUAUAUGUGCGAUUUCCAUCCAGGGUCGUUCACAAGUACAAUAGGACUCCUUUAGUACAAGGAUUCACUCACCAAAUGUGAUUUUGAGUAUCAAGUUUUUGAAUAUAAAUAGCGAUUACAAUAAAUUGUUUUUAAAGGACUAAUCUGCAUUAUUUACAUUGGCAUUGAAACAUGCUCUUGAGUACCUUUGGCAUUACAUGUUUUAGAACUUCAAAUAAUGACAAUAAUCUAUAGAACCAGACAUUAUUUUCCUAGUUAGGCACUUCCCAUACUGGAAUCUAGGGUAGCAGAGGGAAUUUCCUUCAGAAACAUAGUGAACCUUGGUUUCACCUUAAUGGUCUAUAUUGGUGUCAUGUUUUUAGACAUUUUGGAAACCAGCCCAAACCCCAACUGAUUGAACUAAUCCUCCUGUAUAAAAGGCUGCUGGAGUUAUUUCAAAACACAGUUUAUUGAAACUAUUACCACAUAUUGUUACUUAUUCCCAACCUGGUUCAGGACAGAUUGAUUUGUGUGUCAUUUUGAAUUGAGUUCUAUACAUUAUCAAUCUGGCAUGCCUCUCACUGAAAGUGAUUGGAAAAUGUCAUGACAAUUAGUUGAAUCUUGAUUGGUCUAAGUCUCACAACAGUGGAACAAGCUGAAAAAUGUAACUUUUGUUACACCCAGUUGAGAUCUUCCCUGUCCACAAAUGCACAAAGUGCUUACCUUCUGCUCAUUUUGCACAAACAAAAUAGUCCAUAUUGACACUAAAAUAGACUGAAGUAGGUCUUUCUGCAUUGCCCUGUUUGUUUAGGUAUGCUUUUGGCUUCCACACAAACCUCAAUGCUGCUCUGUGAUUGGUCUGCCCGCCCGAUUAGCCUUACAACAGAUCCAUGCAAAGAUGAACUCUCAUUAGUUUGUGAAAUCACAAAUAUCACGAGAAUCCAUUUUGCUCGGCAAGAUUAGUUAUUUCUCCAUGAUCUAUAGUUUCUCCAUAAUCACCCAGUGCACCUUUGCCUCACUUUAGCAGCAGACCGGAUUGUCACAUGAUUUGAUUGGGAGGUUUUGAAUUUUCCAACAACUGGCUCUGUAUCAACUCAACAUGCCACUCCAAACAUAAGGUAUACGCCCAAUUUUUACCCAAAUACAAAAAAUAUAUUCAUCAUUUAGAAAGACUUAUAAUAUACCAAAACUAGUCAAAGUUGUAAGAAAAUAUUUAGAUUUUGAGAACUUUUAUCUAAAAUUAGAGAAAUCCUCCUCCAUAGUCUCAUUUCAUGAUUCACCUGGGAUAAAGGGCAUCUAUCAGCUAAUAACUUUGUUCCAUGUCAAAGUCUAAAGCACUAGUAGAUCAUUUAUUGCGCGGUGAGAUGCCGAGGGGGGCGCGUAUGACUCCGCGUAUGACACUGUAGUACUUUACGCGCUGUACGCAGCGCGUACGCAGCGCGCGCACAGCAAAGAGCAGGAGAGAGUGAACAGAUCGUGACACAGGGCAGUGAACAAGAAACACUUUUGCUAAAGAGACACUAUGGAAAAUAUUUUAACAGGAAUGAAAAGAAAGGCGGAUAUAGACGGAGGUAAAGUCACCCGAAAAAUAAGACGAGGAAGUCUGAUGAAGCGUAUUUAGCACUUGGCUUCACCGUGACUCCGGUGGGACACGAGGACAGACCGGUGUCUGCUGUGGCAGCGGACAGUAUGAAGCCAAAUAAGUUAAGG